UCAUCUCCCGCCCCGAAAGAUUCAAAAUGGAUAGUAUAGAAGAACCUCAGAAAAAAGUCUUCAAGGCUCGAAAAACAAUGAGAGUGAGUGAUCGUCAGCAGCUUGAAGCAGUGUACAAGGUCAAAGAGGAACUGUUGAAAGCUGAUGUCAAGCUAUUAAAUGGCAACCAUGAAAAUGGAGAUUUGGACCCAACUUCACCUUUGGAAAAUAUGGAUUAUAUUAUUGACAAGGAGGAGGUGAAUGGCAUUGAAGAGCUUUGUUUUGACCCUGAAAAAAGUAAAUCAGAAUGGAAAGAAACCUCCUGUACCUUAAAUGUUAAUGUAAAAAAUAAGCAGGAUGAUGACUUAAAGCAUGAACCUUUGUCUCCUAAUAAUAUAGCUCCUGAACUAGUCUGUAAACUGGCUGCUGAACCAUCUUCUGAUGAGCCAGCCUCUGGUGAUCUGGCUAUGGGAGAUCCAGCUGCUGGAGACUCAGCCCCUGAAGAUCUGGCCUCUGAAGUACUAACCUCUGGUGAUCCUGCCUGUGGCGAUCCCACUUCUGGUGAUCCCACCUCUGGUGAUCUCACCUCUGGCGAUCCCACCUCUGGUGGAAUAGUCUCUGGUGAAACAGUCUCCAGUGAACCAUUCUCUGGUGACUUGGUCUCUGGUGAAUCAGUCCCUGGUGAAUCAGUCUCUGCUGAGCCAGUGUCUAGUGAUCCGGCCUCUGAUGAUUCAGCCUCUGGUGAUCUGUCCUCCGAAGCCCUGGCCUCUGAUGAUCCAGCCUCUAGUGAUCCGGCUUCUGGUGAUCCAGCCUCUGGUGAUCCAGCUUCUGGUGAUCUGCCCUCUGACGAACCCACUUCUGAUGAACUGACUUCUGAAUCAGCCUUUGAUCCUACCUUUGAACCAAGUUCUGUACCAGUUUGUGAAUCUGUUCCUGAAACUGACAUUACAGAGCCUAGUAGCAAUAAAGGUGGUGAUUUUCUUGAGAAAAAUAGUGAUGAUGGAAAGUUAGACCAAAUUUUCUCAUUUGACGAGAAAAAUAAGGCUGAUAAUAAUGUUGAUGGCGAUGAAGAAACUCUAGAAACAGAUGAUACAGUUAUUUGUUCAGAUCUACCUCCUGAAAAUGAAAAGAAGGUAAAGGAAGAUACUGUCACAGAACCUGCUCUUGGAGAGGAGGCUAUAUCUAGCAGUAUGGAAAUUGACCAAAGUGAAAAGAAUGAAAAUGAAAAUUCUGCAGACCUUUCAGAAACCAUUAGUGAAAAUGUUACAAAAGAUGAGAAAAAUGAGAUUAUCUUGGAAAACACAGAUUCUAUGGAGACAGAUGAAAUUAUUCCUAUUUUGGAAAAGCUUGCACCUGCCGAGGAUGAACUUACUUGCUUUUCUAAAACUUCUCUUCUUCCAAUUGAUGAGACAAAUCCAGAUUUGGAAGAGAAGAUGGAAGGUUCUUUUGGUUCACCAUCCAAACAAGAAAGUAGUGAGAGUUUGCCAAAAGAAGCCUUUUUGGUCCUUUCUGAUGAGGAGGAUAUUUCUGGUGAAAAAGAGGAGUCUGAAGUUGUACCACAAAAUGAAACAUGCUCUCCAGCAGAAGUAGAAACUAAUGAAAAGGACAGCAAACCUGAGGAAGAAGAGCAAGUAAUAAAUGAAGAUGAAAGACCUUCUGAGAAAAGUGAAUUUUCCAGAAGAAAGCGUUCUAAGUCAGAGGACAUGGACAAUGUACAGUCCAAACGUCGUCGAUACAUGGAAGAAGAAUAUGAGGCAGAAUUUCAAGUGAAGAUUACAGCCAAGGGAGAUAUUAACCAGAAGCUACAAAAGGUUGUACAGUGGUUGCUAGAAGAAAAAUUGUGUGCGCUACAGUGUGCUGUAUUUGAUAAGACUUUGGCAGAAUUGAAAACACGAGUGGAAAAGAUUGAAUGCAACAAGAGACAUAAAACAGUUAUUACUGAACUACAGGCCAAGAUAGCGAGGUUAACCAAACGCUUUGGAGCAGCCAAAGAAGAUCUUAAGAAAAGACAAGAAAAUCCACCAAACCCACCUGUAUCACCAGGAAAGUCUGUGGUUGACGUCAACAGCAAUAAUAACAAUGUGCCAUACAGAAAUGCAGGCACAGUGAGACAGAUGCUGGAGUCCAAAAGGAAUGUAAGUGAGAGUGCACCAACAUCCUUUCCAACCCCUGUGAAUACAGUAUCUUCAACCAAUCUUGUCACUCCUCCAACAGUUGUCAGUAGUCAACCUAAGUUGCAGACUCCAGUUACUUCGGGUUCUCUGACAGCAACAUCAGUUCUUCCUGCACCCAACACAGCUACAGUAGUUGCUACUACUCAGGUGCCUAGUGGAAAUCCCCAACCUACAAUCUCUUUACAACCUUUACCAGUGAUUUUGCAUGUACCUGUUGCGGUAUCCUCCCAGCCUCAACUCCUACAGAGCCAUCCAGGGACUUUAGUGACCAAUCAACCGUCUGGCAACGUUGAGUUCAUUUCUGUGCAAAGCCCACCUACUGUGAGUGGUCUCACCAAAAAUCCAGUAUCCUUGCCAGCCUUGCCAAACCCCUCUAAACCAAACAAUGUUCCUUCUGUGGCCAGUCCUAGUAUUCAAAGGAACUCUCCUGCCAGUGCUGCAACCUUAGGAACAACACUUGCUGUACAGGCUGUUCCAACAGCACACUCUAUUGUACAAGCCACAAGGACUUCUUUACCUACAGUAGGCCCAUCGGGACUCUAUAGUCCAUCAAAUAAUCGAGGUCCUAUACAGAUGAAAAUUCCAAUUUCUGCUUUUAGUACUUCGUCUCCUGCAGAACAGAGCAGCACUACUACCCCAAGAAUUGAAAACCAGACAAACAAAACAAUAGAUGCUUCUGUUAAUAAGAAAGCAGCUGAUAGCACAUCACAGAGUGGAAAAGCCACAGGCAGUGAUUCGGGUGGUGUCAUUGAUCUCACAAUGGAUGAUGAAGAGAGUGGAGCUUCACAAGACCCGAAAAAGCUAAAUCAUACCCCUGUGUCAACCGUGGGUUCUUCUCAGCCUGUGUCUCGACCAUUGCAACCCAUCCAGCCAGCACCACCUCUUCAACCAUCUGGGGUGCCAACAAGUGGACCAUCACAGACAACCAUACAUUUACUACCUACAGCUCCAACCACCGUGAAUGUAACACAUCGGCCAGUAACUCAGGUGACCACAAGACUCCCUGUACCGAGAGCGCCUGCAAACCACCAAGUGGUUUAUACAACUCUCCCAGCACCACCAGCUCAGGCUCCCCUGCGAGGAACUGUUAUGCAGGCUCCUGCUGUUCGGCAGGUCAAUCCCCAAAACAGUGUCACAGUUCGAGUGCCUCAAGCAACUACAUAUGUUGUAAACAAUGGACUAACCCUGGGAUCAACAGGACCUCAGCUCACAGUGCAUCACCGGCCACCACAAGUGCAUACUGAGCCCCCCCGCCCUGUGCACCCAGCACCCUUACCAGAAGCCCCACAGCCACAGCGUCUGCCCCCAGAAGCUGCCAGCACAUCUCUGCCUCAGAAGCCACACUUGAAGUUAGCACGAGUUCAGAGUCAAAACGGCAUUGUACUGUCAUGGAGUGUCCUGGAGGUAGAUCGAAGCUGUGCCACUGUGGACAGCUAUCAUCUCUAUGCUUACCAUGAGGAACCCAGUGCCACUGUGCCCUCACAAUGGAAAAAGAUUGGAGAAGUAAAGGCACUUCCCUUGCCCAUGGCAUGCACUCUCACCCAGUUUGUAUCUGGCAGCAAAUACUACUUUGCAGUACGAGCCAAGGAUAUUUAUGGACGUUUUGGACCUUUCUGUGAUCCUCAGUCAACAGAUGUGAUCUCUUCUUCCCAGAGCAGUUAAACCUUGGAGCCUCUAUCUCUUCCUCUUUCUGACUUCCACUUUUUGGUCUUGUUUUAAUCUUGUGCAUGAUAUCCAUUGUAAAAUCCACAUUGUGCAAGAUUUCUUGGACAGCUGUGUAUAUACACUACAUUUGUUUAUAAUCAGAAGUAAAAUAAACAGCCCAUAAAGCAAGAAUCUUCUCCUGGACAAUUGAAGCUUCAAGGUUUUGAAAUGUAAAUGUGCACCUUGCUUUAGUUUUAAGGCUGGGGAAUAUGUGUGGGUGUUUAUGUGUGUUUUUCCCUAUUUAUAUGUUUACUGCGGUGGAACCUCCUAUUUCCAUUCUCAAUUUUACCUCUCUUCAGGUAUUAAGUAAGUAGAUCGAGGGAUCAGAAGUAUGG